AGUCGGCCAUUUUGAGUAGAUCAGUCGUCAUUUCACAUCGCCACAAUAGGACGGGGAACGUCAGGACUCAAUUUCAUCUAAUUUCUCUUACAACUGUUGUGGAGAAUUGCCUACUAUGAGCUGAAACUUCCUAAAAUCAAAAACUGUAGGUCCUAGUGAAGUGACGCACAAGUAGUUCCUAGCGUCGAGUUGCAAUUUUUUGUACCUCAAUGUCGGUGAGGAAAUGGCUGUGGAAAGCAUGACUGUCCAUCCAAACUCCCCAACUACCAACCACGAACACAACAGUCUCCUGACUGACGAAAGGCCAGAAGAUGGAGAGCUGGAGGAGGGCGAAUUGGAGGAUGAUGGAGGAGAACUAGAGGAGGAAACAGGUGGAGGCGGAGAACCGGCUGCAGCAGGAGGCGAUGGAGGAGACGGGGCUGGUGCUGGUGCUGACCCGGGUGGGGAAGGAGACGGCGAGAGGCAGCGACGAAGCAAAGAGCGCCAUGCCAGCAGCGGCUCUGACGAAGAGAGAGCCCACCGCCGCAAGAGGAAGAGAAAGAAAGAGAAAGAACGAGAGCGGGAGAAGCGCAGGGCAAAGAAGAAGCGCAAGUCAAAACACAAACGGCACGCUUCGUCUGACGAUGACCAUUCGGACUACAGCGAUGACUCGGACUACUCACCUAGUGAGAAGAGGAAGUACAGAGAGUACAGCCCCCAAUAUCCCCCAUCUUCUCACAGCGGAUAUGGCGGCUCAAAGAAAGCCAGCUACAUGAAGAUGGACAAGCAGAGCUAUGGUGGCUAUGAUGACUAUGAGGAGGAUAACUAUGAAGGAGAGGAGGAGGAGGAUAUGGGUGAUGAAGAAUAUGAUGACUUCACUAAGGAGCUUAACCAGUACCGUAAAGCCAAGGAGGGGGGAGGAGGUCGCGGCGGUCGAGAUGACAAGUUUAUAAAUACAGGCUUUGGUCAGUCAGAUUCAAGCUCCAGAUUCUGCAUGUUUGUCAGCUCAAGAAAGGUGAAGAAGUUCCAGCUGUGGUUGAGAGGACGCAUGAAGAACAUGAGAGGCCGUGGGGGCAUGAGAGGGAGGGGGAGAGGUCGAGGAGGAAGCAGAGGAAGAGGAGGACGAGGAGGAAAAAUGGGUGGAGACGAUGAUGGCGAUGGAUACGGGGAAGAUAUGGAGUACCCCGACGACGAUUACGACCACAUGGGAGAAGACGAUUAUGACGACUAUUCGAAGGAGCUCAGUCACUAUAAGAAGUCAAGAGGUCGAGGUGGCAGAGGCAAUCGCAUGAGAGGCCGGGGUAAGGGAGGCCGUGGCAUGAUCCGGGGAAAGCUGAGGAACCGAGGGAGAGGAAGAGGGGACAUGGGGAACGAUGACGACAACAUGGGAGACAUGGACAACGGGGAUGGAAUUGGGGACUCUGGCCCAGGCAUGGGACGGAGGUCUGAAAAGGACAAGAAGGGGAAGGCCAUCUGCAAGUACUACAUAGAGGGGCGGUGCACCUGGGGAGAGCACUGCAACUUCAGCCACGACAUCGAGUUGCCCAAGAAGAAGGAGCUGUGCAAGUUCUACAUCACUGGAUACUGUGCCCGAGCGGACCACUGCCCCUACAUGCAUGGUGAAUUUCCCUGCAAGCUGUUCCACACGACAGGAAACUGCGUCAAUGGCGACGAGUGCAUGUUCUCACACGACACGCUCAACGAUGACACACAAGAGCUGCUCAGCAAGAUGCUGGCGGAAGAUGCCGAAGCAGGAGCGGAAGAUGAGAAGGAGGUGGAGGAGCUGAAGAAGCAGGGGAUCAACCCGCUCCCUAAACCCCCUCCCGGGGUCGGCCUCCUCCCAACCCCUCCCAGACCAGCUCCCAUGGACAACAACAUGGCACCGGUGGAGUACGGAGGCAGUCCACCUAUGGACUUUGGGGGUCCCCCUCCACCAAACCAUGUACAGAUCCCCCCUGGGCCUGGUCCAGUUCCUGUGCCCAACCCCUGCCCUGGCCCUCCUCCUCCUCUUGGUCCUGAGGAAGGAAGUCCCUAUCAAGAAGGAUCCCCAAAUCCCCAUGGUCAGGCUGGUGCUGGAGGGGGUGCAGGGAGGAAGAUCCCCUCUUUGUUUGAGAUCAAGGUACAGCCAACUGGACAGCUCGCCCAGAAACUGGCUGUCAGGGGCCAGACCCCGAGUGGCCCUCAGACUCAAACCGCAGCACCGAGUGCCCCUGGUGCUCCGCCUCCUAGCUUCCCGCCUCCAGGCAUGGUGACUCCAGAUGGAGCUCCAAACAUGGGCCCUGGAGACCUGCCUCCUGGUUCCACUUCUGCAGGUGGAAACUUCUACAACAACUUCUACAACCAGGACGGCGCGGCCAUGGAGGGAGUGGUGGAGGAAGGUGAGAGCUUCCAAGAUGAGAGAGGAGGGCCUGGGAAGUUCAACCAGUCGGGUCCCCAAGAGGCGACGUCGGCUAACGGACCGCCUGCCGGUCAGGGAGGAUUAUCAGUGCCUGACUUCCUGCCUCCAGCUCAGCGUGUUCUCUUCAUGAGGAUCCAGCAGAAGCAGCAGGAGGAGGAGGAGAGAGCUCGCAGGAUGGCUGAGGGAGGAUCAGAGAAGAGCCGAGAAGCUGAAGGCGACUCUGGGAACUGGUACUCCAGUGAAGAUGAGGAUGGAGGCGGGAGUGUGACGUCCAUCCUGAAGACUCUUCGUCAGCAGGUUCCUCAAAAGUCUGACGGCCCACCGACCGACCCUCGUCUUCACAAGGCCGUCGCUGCUGCUGCUAACUCUUCAGCCCGCCCUGCUGACCCCCGCCUGGCACGGGACCCUCGACUUGCCCGCGCCGCAGAAUUGGCCCAAAGCUCUGACUCCUCGUCCGGUCCACCAGCAGAUCCGCGCUUGGCCCGGCUCGCCGCCUCUUCCACUGGCUCCAACUUACCUGCGGCGAAACCUGAACCACCACUCAUCUACAAGCCCCCGCCGCUCACAGCCCCGGCCCCCGAAGAGGAGGAAACGGAGCGGGUUCUGAGGGACAAGCCCGUCCCCAUUCCCCUGGACCCCCUCAUGGGCAUGGCGCUGAGAGACCCGCGAUCCCAGCUGCAGCAGUUCAGCCAUAUCAAGAAAGAUAUUCUUCUCCACAUGCCAGCCUUCUCCAAAACCAUCACCUGGUCGCCCGAGGACCUGCUCCCUCUUCCCAUCCCCAAACAGGACUUCCUUCCUCUCCCACCAGGCAUCCCCACAGUCGCCUCCCUCGACCCGCGACUGUCUCGCGCCCAGCCACAGCACAACCCUCCUCCUCUCUCCAAGCCCUCACCUCCUCUUCUUCCUACUCCCUCCCAAGACGUCCCUGCUCCGGCCUCCUCAUCCUCCUCCCUCCCGGACUUUGAACUGCUCUCUCGUAUUCUUAAGACAGUUGGUUCCAGCCCGUCCCAGGCCCCCUCACCUCCUCUCUUACCCACACCCACUCCACCUUUGUCUCUGCUGAGCACCCCCCCACCAGUUCUUUCUGCUGCAGUCGAUAAGCCCGUGGACCCCAGAAUGGCUCGUAAAGCUCCUGUGGAUCCUCGAUUACAGCCGCACAAGUCUGCCCUCAAGCAGCCAUCAGAACCGCCACCGCCUCCUCUCUCCUCUGCUCCAUCUGUGAAGCCUUCAAGUUCCCCACCCGCCAUCGCACCUUACGACCCACGUGUCCUGUCAGCAGGGGGAGCAGGUCGUGGCGUGGGUCCGGUGGCAGCGGGGGGUACCAGUGUUCUGAGUGGCAUCAGCUUGUAUGACCCACGGACUAAAAAGCCCGGCAGUCCCAGCAGCAACGGCGGCUCAAACAACUCCCCCAACUCAUCCGGAUCGGAAUCCAAAUCCGGCGACGUCUCCUCAAGUAAACCCAAAACCAAGGAGCCGCUGUUUGUUCGCAAGUCUGCUCUGGACCAACCGGACCUGGAAAAAAGUUCAGAGCAGGGGACGGACAGGUACAACAGCUACAACAGGCCCCGACCCAAACCUGCACCGUCACCCAACUCCACUGCCCAAGGAGCUGCCGGUGGAGCUGCUGCGGCCAGUGGUCAGGGUGGUGCUGGAGGCUCAGGUGAGCCUGGCGUCCACGCUCUCCCGGUGUCCUCACUCUUUGGUGUCGUGAAGCAGGCGUCCAAACCAGGCGGAACCAGCAGCCCAUUCGGAGGCAACAGCCCAGCGCAGACGGAGCAGACCACAGCAGAGCAGGACAACGCCUCACUGAAGGACGUUUUCAAGGGCUUCGACCCCACAGCCUCGCCCUUCUGUCAGUGACGCCUGCGAGCCGCUUUUAAGUGAUUCAGGCAGUGACAGGUGUGUCGCCUGACUUUUGGAAGGUUCAAAAUAUUUUAAAGAAGUUAUUGAUGUAUAGAAAUGUAUCUUUUUCAUCUCAAUGUUUGAUGAAAACGUUUAUGUUCUACCAACCCGUUCGACCAGAGUUCUGGGAGUUGAAUCAUAUUUCCACCCGCAGUUCCUCAGCCGACCACUCCUCUUGUUUAGUCACAAUCCUUCUUUUUUUUGUAUUUAUUUUUCUACUCCGUCACACUGUCAGAGUGAGUGUUCUUAAAGUUUCUUAUAGGCUGGUGAAUGUUCAUGCUCGAUUUCAGUCGCUCUUCUGGUUCCGCCCGAAUCGUCGUCUCACUCGUGCUGCACAGAGACCGAGUCACGAGGCUCGACCUCUGACACUGGUGCCUUCUCAGAGAAGCUCCGUGUGCCCGAGGCUGAUGGACCUCUCUCUGCUGCAGCUUCAGUGAUGUGGCAGUGAGACAAUCAGAACCAGACUUGGACCUGAACCUGCUGCUUUGACUGUGUGUCCUCACUGUUAAUCAUCACAUCUAAAUCAAAGUGUAUAUUUCCCUCGAUGGCCUUCUGUUAGUGCACCAGCAGCUCUGGUCUCUGAUACUCCAACUGAAAUAGUUUCUUUAUCACCAAUAAAUCAGGCUCAUCAUCUCCCAGCUGACUGUCUUUUGUAAAAAUGUUGAUCAUUUUAAUUUAUUUUUUAUAUUGGCCAUGGAAGGGAGGUCUUUAUUUGCUCCCUGCUCUCCUCGGCCUGCAACAAUGUGAUAAAAGGAGAAAGGCAUAUUUUUUUAUUUGUGUAUAAAGAGCUGGCAGAGUCGGUGAGGUGAAGCUGUUCUUCUCUCCUUUAUUGUAAAGUUGUUGUUUCUGUCCUGAACGAUUGCUUGACUGCUUUCUUGGAGGGUUGUCGCUCUUCCAUCUGUACACUGGGUGACGACGUCUAAAAGUAUUUAAAUAAAGUUGAUGCAUUAUCAACCUGUUAAGA